AUGUUGUGGAGAACAACGGUGCUAUCAAUAUUCCUUAUUCUGGUCUAUACUGCGUAUUACUUUCGUGACAUUUAUUUGACAGAUGAAAGAAAUAUUCAAUACGUUCGAAAACCAACCGAGUAUCCUCAUGAUGAAUCAAUAGUCAUAUUUCCAAAGAAUUUCACUCAAUUGCAGACAAUAUUUGGAUUUCCUGUGGUGGAAGACCUUGAAUCAUUACCUCAAUAUUAUUUUGAUGAAUUUGGUAGUAGUCAAGAUCAGGACAAGUUACAUAUAUUUCAAUAUUAUGAUUCCAACGACAACAUCACGAAAAAUGAAUAUUAUCAAUCGAAUAGUUUCACCAACGUUUCAUUGAACUUUUUCAAUUCAAGCAAGUUAGAUAAUGGUGAAUCUUCUUGUGAAGAUGGUACUAUAAAUGAAUCAAUACAAUUAAGUCCAUAUAAACAAAUCGAUUCCGAUAUUUUACGUGCCAUUUCUAUAUUAAGAAAACAGAUGGACUCAGAUCCAGCAUUUAAAGAUGUUGCCGAAUAUAUUGAAAGUGAUAUAGAUCAACUCAUCUAUAACAAGAUUCUAGAGAAACAUUUCUUUAAAUUUAUUGGAACGUCGGUAUGGCUUGAACAAUUUGGGGUGCACUAUAUGGUAUCAAGAAUUUCUUUCACUAAGAACAGGGAUAAACUGAGACCACAGCUCAGUUUGUUCUACGCUCAAAUCUUUGACGAGAACUGGAAUGAAUUAAAAGAUGUGGAAUUGAUAAUGCCAAUUACAGUUGAAGGUUUACCCAAAUUUAAAAACAUCCACUACCCUUCGUUCGUACCCCUUCCAUUCCAUAAACGAAAACACACUCAAGCUUCGUAUGGAGUUGAAGAUCCUCGUUUAUUUCUCACCAAGAAUAGAUUUGGUUUUGAUGAGCCAAUGAUCAUAUAUAAUACGUACCAACGGACGCUCUUCCUGUUGAGCGAGGCAUCCAGCGGAUUGGAUCAGCAAAUAAAAUUGAAUCUUGGGCUUCUAAGAUCAAUGUAUUUUUGCUAUCCAUUCCAAUUUGAAUUGGGUAUGCCUCCAUCUAUUGAAGGUUUUUAUAAUCCAUUCUUUGAUUCAGUAUUAUUCACUAAAAUAGCAUUUGUGGAAAAAGAUGAAAGAACAAAAAUUUCCAAAAAUUGGACUCCAUUUAUAAACACUAGUGAAAGGGUGAAUGGUGUUGAUAAGUUUAUUUAUUUAGUUUUCCGAUGGUCAAAGCUUGAAGUUCUUAAGUGUGAAUUGAUUGACUUUACUCUAAAAGGGAAAAGUAAAUGUCAAGUUGUCUUCGAAAAAGAUAAAGUAAAUGGAACAAAUGCUGAAGUGGGAGAUUUUAGGGGUGGUACUGAGUUGAUACAUGUUAAUCAAUAUAUUCCAAACUUAGAACUGUUAGAUGUUUGGGUUGGAAUUGCACGUACGGCCAUUAAAGGUUGUGGUUGUGGGAUGAGAUUCUAUAGACCUCAUAUUGUACUAUUAACUAGAAAUAGCGAAAAUGACUUUAAUAUCGCAUAUAUUUCGUCAUAUAUCACUUUUGGAGUUCCAGUGAUUGGAUUUGAGGGUCCUCAUGAUAUUUGUAGUACCACAUAUCCAAAUGUGUUACUUCCUAAUGGGAUAUCAUCUUGGUUCAAAUCCCCUGAUACCAAUUCUGAUUAUUUAACUAUCAGUCUUUCGGCUGAUGAUACUACAAAUUACGUGGUUACUAUAAAGGAUUUCUUACCAACUAUAGAAAAAUUGAUUCAUAAUAUUGGAUCCAAUAUCACAACCUUAGAUAGGUCAAUAGACUGUGCAUUAGAGGAUACAUCCAGGUUCUGUAAGCAACUUGGUAUUGAUAAUCCAUCGAGCUUAUCGUCUAGUUUAGAUGCUUAA